GCCACACAACGAAAAACGUGUGAAUCGCUUUUCGAGCUUGUUGGUCCUGUGUUCUUGCCGUAGUGACGUAUAAAAAACAUUUGACCGGAAGUUCCGCCCUUUUGCGUCCAUCUUCGUACGGAGAUUAACGCUCACACGGCAACAUGCCUCGCAAAAUAGAAGAAAUCAAGGAUUUCCUGCUGACGGCAAGGAGGAAGGAUGCCAAGUCUGUAAAGAUCAAGAAGAACAAGGACAAUGUUAAGUUCAAGGUGCGCUGCAGCAGGUUCCUGUACACCCUGGUCAUCACAGACAUGGAGAAGGCUGAGAAGCUCAAACAGUCCCUGCCACCAGGUCUGGCUGUGAAGGAGCUGAAGUGAAUCUGAUGUUCAGAGCUGUAUACAAUAAAUAUUUAAAAUCCA